AUGUCUAGCUACAAAGAUGAUAUUGUUGGUGUGUCCACCUUUCUGAACCCUCUUGACCCUGUAUUGGUGGAGGUGGCCACUGACGGUGGGAGCGUUAUACAGGUCCAAGGAAACAAGACAGAUGAAGGAACCGCGACCUCGGUGGAGUCCCUGACCCAGACCACAGCUGGUGGAGACGAGACCACUGUUGGCUUCGAUCCGGAUAGUGCUCUUGUCACAACCGUGGUGACGUCAUCAGGAGUCACCAUGACGUUCACGUGGACUAAUGACAAAGUCUUCGUCACUGCUUCGGCACAGAACUCUAGUUUUGAGCUUAAUGUGCAGGUUCGCCUGGAGCCAGGUGACUCGUCACCCGGAUCAACCUUGCCUGAAGUGAACGGAACAGUAAGUGGGACUCCAACAGUGGCGAUGCAGAGUCUACGGCUGCCCGUCCUGGUUACUAGGUGUGGCCUACCCACAGACAACGUGGUUGUCAAGGCGUUUGGUUACAAAGGUUCAAACUUGACAUCAGCUACCGACGUUUCGUCCCUGGACCCGGACGUGGAGUACCGUGUUUUGCCGACAGAUGAAGCUGGACAGUUCGAGAUUGUCGUCCCGGCCAGCCCCGCGGUCUCUUCUCCAGAGGCGGCUCAGACCGUGUGCGACAGCGUCAGCCGGGUGGUCGGGGGCGUGUGCGCCGCUUUGCUGAACACGAGGCCUGCAACGGACGGCACCAUCUGUAACGAGGUCGCCAACGCAGCACAGUUCAUCACGACUCAAUCAGGCGCGGAAAGUACUCUGAUUCUGGCCGCUUGCAUGGGAGGCUUCGGCGCCGUGCAGACGUUCUGCAACGCUUUUGGCUAUAACACAACAGAGGAUGAAGCUAUUGCAUCGUCUAAUCUCUGUCAACAGGUGACCGGAACAGUCGACUCGUUUUCUCCGGAUCCGGUGCUUGUUGUCCCGAAGGCUGUCUUCUCAAAUGGCUUGGAAGUCUCCGUGCCGGGAGAGGUCGUGUCGCCAGGAAACACCGCCCAAACACUUCCUGUCUUCAGCAUCUCCAGCAUCGGUCAAGCCAUCUCCUCUGUUACCAUCACCCCGCGAGAUCCCUUACCUGAGGAGGACUACGUCGUGUAUGCACAGUUCGUCUGCACUGAUGCCACCACCGUGGUUACCAUGGCGAUUGUCGGGACAGAUGGGUAUACCAAACAAGUGCAGUGUACAGGCGCCAUCUCGGACUGUACCCUGUAUGUGCCCGGGGCAGCAGAGCUCGUGGUUGACCGCGUCACCAUCUCCAUCCACUCAGGUGGCCUGUUCGUUGUCUCCAUGGAGUACGUCAUCGUUUUCUGA